AUGGAUGAGCGUGAGCCCCACGGCGGCCCGGGAGGCUUCGAGCCCGCUCUGGUUGGCGAUGGAAACUGGGCCGGCGAUUUCAUCGAGUAUCCGCUCCCAGGCAAUACCUUGAAUGCCGUUAAUGGCACAUCAUUUGGCAACUAUUCGGGUCAAUACCUUCCACCCAACCCGCAAGUCAGCUCGAGCAUCCCACCUGCUCCUGCUCCUCAGUAUUCGCCUCAGCAACAACUGGGCUCCAACUACCCCCAGACGGCCCUCCGUUUCGAUGUUGGCCACGCGUCCAACAUCCAAACUGGCCGAGUUCCGAAUGGCGCAUCCCAAGGCUUCGCCGCUGGGCGCAGUGCCCCAUUUAGCAUGCCCCAGAAUGGCUACAGUCAGGGAAUGCCGGAAGUUCAAUCUCACUGGCACGGUGGUGCAGGUGGACAUGUGGUAAAUGACUACCACAGCCAUCCAUCGCUUCCGAACCAGACAUUCCAGCCCCAUGUUCAGAAUCCAAAUCCGCCAGUCCAGCUUCCGCAACAGCGUCAUCUCCAGAAUCUCGAGAAUUUCUCUCAUCAGCAUCUCCCUCAUCAGAAUCCGAAUCCGCCAGUUCAGUUUGCGCAACACCAUCAGCUCCAGGAUCUUGGAAAUCUCCCUCAUCCAAAUCCUCCUCAUCAGAGCCCCCCUCAUCCGAACCCCCCUCAUCAGACUGCCCCUCAUCAGAAUCCGCCCCAUCAGGGACUCUCUCAUCAGAAUCCUCCCCACCAAGGUCUCCCUCACCAGAAUGUCCCUCAACAGAGUGUCCCUCACCAGAGUGUCUCUCAUCAGAGUGUCCCUCAUCAGAGUGUCCCUCGUCAGAUCACCCCUCAGAAUUUACCCCAUCAGGGUCACCAGCCCGUCGUCCGGCAGGCUGUUCAGCCUUCAUCAACGGCGACACCGGUAGUAAGGCAAGCCAAUAGGCCGGCUGGGUCUGCGCCUACGAUUGGAAAUCGCCUGGAUCAGCAGCCUGCUCCUCGUUCCACAACCAGCACUAGCCAGGUUUCAGGCAGUCAAAUUACCGUCCCGGAUCCAUAUUUGAAGGUGGACGAAUCCCUCCUUGCGAGACUGAGAGAUGGGACUGCCACUUCAUGGGAAGGGGCUAAGCACCUUGUGGUUGAGACGGCGCCAGAGCCCUGGGGGAAAAUCCUAAAACAGCAGAUGGUCCCUGUCUAUCUGAGAACCGACAAACGUCGGUUGUUCCCCGAGAGGAGCUUCUCGAUACCGUCAGAGAGCCUCGGCAGGCAUAUAGAAGCAUACCUCCCUACUCUGAAAGAGGACCCGGCUGGACCUGCAGCUAGAGCAAAGCGAGCACAGCUCGAUUCUAACUUGAGGCGGGACUUGGAUCGCUCUGGCCACGACUUGCCAGAGAGAUGGCCUGCGAAGCUGGAAAAGAAGGUCAAGGAAGAGCUGAAGAGGCAUGGUCAUGGAGAUGACAUUUUAAAACAACCACCAUCCCUAUCAGAUGACGAAGUCGUGGUUGCUGAGCGCGAAGCUGCCGCGAUCCUGGAUAUCCCCCCUGGGUGGCAACCGGAUGCCAUGUUUAUUGAAAAGAUGGCGGAUGAAUUCGGCAAAUUCCUCAAGAUCAAGUUGACGAAGCUGCGGGCGGCAGACAGCUACAGAGCCCUGCCAAAAGCUAUCAAGGAAAACAGUCGGAAGCCAUCACCGGCUGGCAAGGAGGAGAUACGUGUGCUGAGGAGCGAGAUCGAGCCGCUGCGCAAGGUAGUUGAGCGCAUUGUGGUCGUGGCUUUGGACAAGGGCGACCCACGGGUCUUGAAGGCGGUGGGGGAGCGGAUGAGCGUCGCUCCGCUGUUCCAAACAAUCAUCAACAUGAUAAAUUGUUCUGAACACAACGCACCUCUCGUCAAGGCCGUCCUCCGACUCUUCACCUACUUCACCACCCUUACUUUUGUCCAGCUGGAAGAGUGCAAAUUUCCUGCUGCACGGGCAAGAUUGCAGGAACAGGGAGACGACGAGGUGAAAUCUUCCCUAGCCAAAAUCGUCGCAAUAGCCAAGGGGAAUGGGGGCCACGAGAACUCCAAGUUGGCAAAAUCCUCCUCUGAUUCCUCGACUACGUCCAAGUUGCCGUCGGCAGGUAUGGCACCGAAGCCUGACAAAGGGGUCCCUACAAAGCCCUCGUCGGGUUCGUCAUCUUCGAAGCGACCGUCUGACGAUGACGGCGAAACCAGGGCCUCCAAAAAGGUUGCCACGGAGACCAAAACUGCCGCGCCUCACCCUGGAGUGAAAACCGUCGCGUCCAAGGCGCCAUCAUCUUCCUCUCAGCCUACCACCGCAACGCUUACCAAACCCCGCCCUAGCACCGGCCUUCUACCAGGAAAAUCUCGACCCCUCGCCAAACCAGUCCAGAAACCGGAAUUGAGCAAGUCUGACCAGCUCAAGCUGGAACCUCGCAGAGCUCCAACAACCACGGACUCUCCUCCAGAUUCCGUACUCUCAAAGUCCGAGGUGGCCAGGCCGAGGGCUGCUCCGACAACUCUGUUAUCAAGCUUGGAAGCUGCCAAGAUGACCAGGGCGAAGAAAACCGAACCUCCCAAGGCGGAAUUUUCGCAGCAGGGACCAUCAAAGUUCGCCGCUUUGAUGGCAGAAAUUGCUGAGCCAAAGAAGGUCAAGCCCGCCUCGCCGACCCCAACUCGGUCGCCCGAUCCCACGGAGACACCCCAGGAGAGAGCCCGCCGCUUGCGAAAAGAGGAGCGCAGGAAGCGAGGCCUUCGAGUGAGCUUCAAGGAAGGCAGCGAGCUUACUAGCGUCCGCAUAUUCGAGAAAGAGGCCGCCGAGGACGAGGGUCGGGAGGACAGCAUGAUCUUAGACGCGGGCGACGAUAAAGCGGAAGGCAACCAUCUCAAGAAGAGCCGUUCCGGAGUGCUCCGCCCGUGGAAGGAGCCGACGUUGAUCGACUUUAGCGUCAUUGUACCGGAUAAGCGGAUGCGAGGCGAGGCUUACUGGACUCGCGGCGGAAAACGAACCUUCACCACUGAUCACCAGAAAUUCAUGGAGGAGAGAGAGAACACGACGCUUAUGGUUAUCUACACCGACCCCGGCGAUAUUCCGGCGACCCCGAAAUCCCCUCCUCGUGAGCCUGAGCAGCCUGUGGCUGGAACGACCAAUGCAGGUUUGACUCAUCCUGAGCCAGCUGAUAAGCCUAAGGACGACGGCAUCCACCUCCCGGAUGAGCCAGAGUUCGACGAGAUACGCCAGCGUUGGAGCGAUAUGGAUCAGUACGGCCCGCAAGUGACGUCCCAGCGCCUCCUCCAGCGGAUAGAGGAGGCCGAUCGCGCCAGCAAGGCCGAGGAGAUGGUCGCGCUGGCGAACGAGAAGCUAAAGGCCGCAGCAGCCCGCGAUGAGCAUGCAAGCCAGGAGGAGCGAGACCAGAAUGUCUUCAAGCUCCUCAGCAGCCAGGCUGCCAAGAAGUGGGUGGAGCCGGAGCCCAAUAGACCGAGGGCUCUGAAACGGAAGGCCUACGACGACCCCGAGGUCCAGAAUGCCUCCGCCACUAUCGAGGAUGUUGUGAGGAAGUUGCGGGGCAAGCCGGCCCCCGCCCAGGAGCCUCCGGAUUGGCAGCAAGACCCGGCGAGGCGUGCAGAGUGGUACAAAGGGUUCGGCCAGGACCAACAGGAAGCCGCUCGGAAGGCAGCAGCGGAGCAGCCUGCUCAACCUGCUCAGCCGACUCUUGCCAGCGUAUUUGCUCAUUUCAACAACCAGGCUCCGGCGGCGCAGCCACCCUAUUACUCUCAGCCGAAUGCUUCGGAGCCGCAAAAUGCCUAUACGCAGUUCCAGCACCUCGCCUCCACGCCCGCGGCCGCGACUCAACCACAGCCAGGUGCGGGUCCUCAAGCGGGACAGUUCAACGCCAUGUUAGAAGCCCUGGCUUCGUUGUCCCAGCAUCAGGCCCCGGCUCCGAUGUCCCAACGGCUGGCCCCGGCUCCGGAUGCCGCGCAAGCUCUUUUGGCCGCCUUGAACCAGGCUCAGCAACAGCCCGGACUCCCGCAGGCGUCGCAGCCUGGUGUCGGUGGCUUGACCAAUUUAACAGACGUGAAUCAGGCUCACAUGCUGCUUAGGAUGAUUGAAAGCCAGCAAAACCAGGGAGUUCAAGGCCUCCAAAGCGGUGGUGAGACCCACUACCAGUACGGGGGUUUCGAAAACCAGGGAGGCAAUAAUGGGCAGUCAUACGCCAGUGCCUCUCAAGGCUAUAACCACCAGCCACAGCACCAGCGAGACGCUUCCGGCGCGGCCGCUCGCUCUGGGGGGCCGGAUCAGGGCCGCGAUAGGGCCGGCCGCCGGGACCAAGGAGACACUCCCGAGCAUCUCCGAGGCAUCAACCGGGCCCUUAUCGGCACCAAGCAGUGCACCUUCUGGGCACGCGGGAAGUGCAACAAGGGGGAUAAGUGCACCUUCCGCCACGGCUGA